UAUAUGCCUUUUUAAAUAUGGCUUAAGUGCUGAUUGACAUUCAAAAAAAUGUUUACAUUAUUGCGUUUGUCUUAUACGCAUCACUGAAAAUUCAAUAGGCCGAAGUUUUCAGAUGGCUAGACCUCGUUUAAAGUGUCUAGCAGUUUAAUUGCGUUUGAUCGUCACCCUUCGUGUCACAUUAUUGACACCUCGCCGAUUGUGCAAUAUUCCGAAGAACACCUCAGUCAACUGGUAAGGUUGAAGUAUUUAGCGUACGCUAAGGCUCCACCGGAAGGCGGGGGGAGGAUAGUGUAAAUAGAUGAGUCUUACAUAUAAGUGGUCAUGAAGUCUGGAGUGUCAUUCAUUAGUGAUUUUUGGGAGUGAAAAGAAUUAAAAAUGAUUUUGAAAAGUAUCGUAAUUGUCGUAACUUGCGUCGUUGCAGAAAUAUAUACCGCGCCGGCCGACAUCCCACCGGAAAAGUUGCAACCCACUGUUAUUCCGAUAGUUGCACAGUCGGAUGAGUUAGAACCCAACGGAACAUAUAAAUUCAGUUACGAGACAGGCAAUGGCAUAAUUCGGGAAGAAACUGCUUACGAGAAAGUGUUACCCGGGGAACGUGAAGCUAGUAGCAGUGAAGGUGGCGAAGAUGAUGAUGGAAACAGCAAUGAAAUUCACGUGCAGCGUGGCUCCUACUCAUAUACAGCACCUGAUGGCACUCUCAUUAGUGUGAGUUACAUUGCUGAUGAAAACGGAUUCCGACCAAUUGGUAAUCAUCUUCCAAGGUCGCCAGUAUCAUUUGGUUUAGUUCCAAGUAUAAAACCUGCUGAUAAAUCAGGCCGUGCCCUAAAAGUAGCUGACAGUUCAAAAUCUGCUUCAACUCCAGUCAAAGCUAAGCCUGUUGAUAAACCUACUGAGCCAACUAAUGAUAAAAUAAAUCCAGAAUCUGUAGCUAUCGCUGCAACAGAUGAAGUAAAGACAGAAGACAACACUAAACCUGAAGUAGCACCCGUUACAGAAGCUGAACAAGUCAAGACCGAAUCUAUUACUUUGGCAUCCAGUGAAGAAGAAUCUCCUUCAACUCCUAUUACUGAAAAAAUAGAGGCCCCAUCUACAACCUCUCCAAUUGCGGAAGAGGAGAAAACUGAAACAGAUGUUACAACCACUGAGCAAGCUGCCGAAGCUAUUCCAUUGUCAACAGGAGCCGAACAAGCAACUACAGAACAAGCUACUACCGAGACAGUAGUUAGCACAACGGAAGGUAUAGAAGAAAAAUCAGGGAGUAUAGAUGUGAGUACCGAAGCAGCUUCAACGCCAGCAUCUGCUCUGUCAACAACUGAAUCUGAGCAGCUUUCUACCGCUUCAGUAGAGCAAGCUUCUACUUCUGUACCAGAAUCAACAACUUCUAGUGAAGUAUCUGAACCGCCAUCUUCUACUUCAGCUCCUGAGUCAACGAGUACCACUGAAGUCGUCGGACAAUCAACAUCUACGGAAACUGUUGAUCAGUCUCCUUCGGAAGAGACUGGGACCUCUUCAGCAAAUGCCACUGAAUCUACUACAACUGAACAAUCAAGCUCUACGACCACAGCUUAAUAGAUUAUUUAAAAACUCAAAUUCAUUGAGCAGUUUAAUAAUUAUUUGAAAUUAUUGUUGUUUUCAUUUUUGUAUAUACUCAAAGGUAUAGGUGUACAAAGCUGUGAGAUUUAUUAUAAAUUCAAUAUAUGUAUGGGUAUUAAAUCUACCAAUGAAUGUGAUACGAUACAAAUAAAGUCUAUAAUAUAAUUAUGACAAAACGACUAAG